CAUGUUACCAAUGUUGUGUUUGUAUAUAAGUGAACAAAACCUCAUAUCUAACACAUAAAACUACUAAUCAUGGCAAAACUUGUGAUCCUCUUGUGCCUAUCUGUUUUUGCAGUUGCUGUUGAGGCUUUAAUAGCUGGUGGUUUAUCGGACGUGGAGCAGCCAAAUGAAGAAGUUACUAGGAUAGUAGCCGAUUUAAAAGGUGAAAUAGAAGACCAGAUUGGUGAAAAACUGAACAAUUUCAAAGUUGUUUCCUUUAAGAGACAAGUUGUAGCAGGAACAAACUAUUUCAUUAAGAUUGAGUAUGGUCUGAAGUAUGUUCACAUCCGAGUUUUCAAAUCACUUGGAGGAGGAGUUACACUGGCCAAGGUGGAAACUGGACAUAAAUUACUUGAUCUUAUUAAUUCUUUCUAAUGAUUUCUUAUCCUGAAUACAAAGAACUCACUAUAUAAAGUAAUAUUUAAUAAACAAAUCAAAAUCAAUUA